AUGAGAUCCUUGAAGCACCUGAAACCUCACAGCAGGAGGAGCGCGGUGAGUUCAUUGGCUCUCGAUCAUAGCAUGAUAGGCGUUAGUGCACUGAGGUGGUGGACAACAUGGGUUUGGUCACAGUGAGGCUGAAGUCAGGAGGAGGCGAGCCGGCGCCUGGGUAGAUGUGAGCCCAAGGUAAUGGCCAGGCUGGUGGACAUAGGCACACAGACAGAUCCCGUUGUCGUGCUGUCCUUGGCCCAGGCCGCCGUGCUAGGUCUCAUCUCCCAGAAUGAAGUGUUUGGAGCUACUAUUGCACCCAACGGCUUCUACACCGGCGAACCCAAAGAGUCCCCCGCGCCCCCAGUAGAAGGAGUCGACUACGAGUACGCAGACCAGCUCAUCGGAGCCAACGGAGAUUACUUAGGAGACAACUUGGGAGAAGACGGGCAGAUGCAACCCAGCUGUAGUCAGAGGAGGUGGCAGCAGGGGCCGCCGCCACAUCCGGACGGGAAAAUGGUCGUCCCCGAUCGUCACAGCCUUCAAGGUGGUGACAUUUCCUCGUCCCAUGUGAAAGGGGAAGGGGUGAACUCUGGAUUGUCCUCCUGUGUCCACAUGCUGAACAACUUGGCUCCCAGAGGUGGUUUAGUACAAGUCGAUCCAUCCAUCCUCAGAGUCGCGAACAAGAACUGUGUGGAGUGUGAACGGGAUGUAACCAACCAGCAGCAACCCAACACACAAGUUCACCCUCCUCCCUCACAGGUGGGCCACAGAGGAGUGGAGCAGAGCCACAGAGGACUGCAGGCCCAGCGCCCUAUGGGUGGCCAUGGUCGAGGUGGCCGAGAGGACGAAGAGGAGGUGGAACACCAGGCGAACAACAUGAUGAAGCCCUCACAGGAGGAAGCCAUCAGCAGCUACUUCCAAACCAGCGAAGUGGGCAGCUAUGAUUCGGGAGAAAUGGGAAUGGCGAGCGAGUACGAAGACGGCAGCCAGAACAUGAUGUGGACAGACGGGAGUGGAGGAGCGCAGCACCCGCAGCCUCCGCACCCGCAACCUCCUCGGCGGCACGGCGGCCGCAGGGUAGACCGGCUCGAUAUCAACAUCCAGAUCGAUGAAUCUUAUUGCGUUGAUGUGGGAGACGGGCUGAAGCGCUGGAAGUGUCGCAUGUGUGACAAAUCGUACACCUCCAAAUACAACCUGGUCACACACAUCCUGGGCCACAAUGGCAUCAAGCCACACGCCUGUCCACAUUGCGGGAAGCUCUUCAAGCAGCCCAGUCAUCUUCAGACGCACCUGCUAACCCACCAAGGCACGCGGCCCCACAAGUGCACAGUCUGCAAGAAGGGCUUCACCCAAACCAGCCACCUGAAGCGACACAUGCUCCAGCACACGGACGUCAAGCCCUACAGCUGCCGCUUCUGCCGCCGCGGCUUCGCCUACCCCAGCGAACUGCGAGCGCACGAGGUGAAGCACGAGCGCGGCCGCUGCCACGUGUGCUCGCAGUGCGGCAUGGAGUUCCCCACCUACGCCCACCUCAAACGCCAUCAGACCAGCCACCAGGGCCCCCACACCUUCCAGUGCACCGAGUGCAACAAGUCGUUCGCUUACCGCAGCCAGCUCCAGAACCACCUCCUGAAGCACCAGAGCCCGAGGCCUUACACCUGUUCCCAGUGCGGCCUGGAGUUUGUGCAGCUCCACCACCUACGUCAGCACUCGCUUACUCAUAAGGGAAUGAAAGGCCACAAGUGUGACGUGUGUUCGCGAGAGUUCACCCUGUCGGCCAACCUGAAGAGGCACAUGCUCAUCCACAACAGCGUUCGACCCUUCCAGUGUCACGUCUGCUUCAAAAGCUUCAUCCAGAAACAGACCCUCAAGACGCACAUGAUCGUCCACCUGCCUGUCAAGCCAUUUAAGUGCAAGGUAUGUGGCAAGUCUUUCAACAGAAUGUACAACCUGCUGGGCCACAUGCACCUCCAUGCUGGCAGUAAGCCCUUCAAGUGUCCUUACUGCACCAGCAAGUUCAACUUGAAGGGGAACCUCAGCAGGCACAUGAAGGUCAAGCACGGCAUGGACGUUUCACCAGAGGGACAAGAAGUUCUUCCAGAAAUGGAAAACCAGGGGGAGUAUGAAGGACAGAGCUUCAGCUUUACAUCACCAGACAAUAUGGACAAUGGUGGCUCCCAGAACCUCACUAAACUCACGACAGCGAACAUGGAAGACAUGGAGGAGUAUUACAACUUUGGCAAGGAUACGAGCAGCUACACGACACCUUGAGUGGUGAUGAACAAGAGAACAGGAUUUUUUUUUUUUUUUUUCUCAGAGCAGUAGGAAACUACAGAGAUGCUGUUUGUCGAGGCUUUGGGCGACUCUGGGGAAGGGGUUUUCUUUUGGUUUUGGCCUCCUUCCAGAAGAGCCAGAACUGCCGGACUCUGAUGGGAGGCCAGGCUGGAGACUCACUUGAGAAGAGACGCUCCCCGUUGCUUAUAGCAGAGACACUGACUCCGUCUGGAGUCUGCUCCUUCUGUGGGAUAACUACACUUACCGACUCUAGCUGACAGUGAAAUCUGUGUGUCGCGUGUAUGUAUCACUUAUUUGAAAAGAAGAAAAAACAAAACAGAGACAAAUAAAAAACCCUGCUGCAGUCGCAGAGCCAUCAGUUACAUUUGACGUGAUAGAAACGUGUUUACCAUUUUGCCAUUUUUUGUCAUUCACAACCAAUGUAUGCCCUUAUAUUUUUGACUGAAAGUGCCAGUUGGAUACAUUUGCAGCUUAGCUUCAAACCGCGUCUGCUAUUUACUCACUGUAUAUCGAACCUUUUUGGAUUCAUAGUCGCAUCAUAUUCACAGGUGUGAAUGCUAUUACUAAACAGUCCCCGGUUGUGGUCACCCGUUCCGCCCAGCCCUCGGUUUAUACUUCAAACAGGCCAGUCUUUCAUGUGCUUUGUGCUUUUUAUUGCACUGGACAUUGAAGCCCUUUUCCUUAGCAGAGCACUUUCUACCAAAGUGGCUUCUGUCCCAUGUCUGCUGAUACCGGAAACCAUGUUGCCGGCAUGUGAAGCCCACCACCACCCCCCCACUGUACAAACGAUUCUGCUACAUGCAGUGUGUUUACCCACCGUUUUUUCUUUCACAUUGGUUUUGCUUUACAUUAAUAACCAAUCCUGUGUAGUGAAUAUACCGCUCUAGUUUUUGAAUUACUGAGUGAACAAUACAAAGCACUUUUUUUUCCCAGUGAGAACUGUCAUUUUUUUCCUGUGAAGCCUGUCUUCAGUGAGAGUGGACACAUUUGCCCAAAGGAGAAGAGCUUUGGGAAAUAAGGUCAUAGAAUCUUCAGAAGCCAAUAAAGGCAAUAUUAAGAUGAACAUGUGAUUUUGCUUUCUCAGUAGGUUUGUAAAACUGCAGUUUCCUUCAUGUGGGUAUUUCACAGUUGACAAUUCCAAGGUGAAUUGAAGAAGCAGUUCGUAUAGAGAAUCUGCAAUUUCAGUUUUGUUUUUUUGUUUUGUUGAUGUUUGUAGUUUCAGCACUCUUAAAUCCAGGGCUAUUUUCACUUUACGUUCAAUUCAAUCGAUUGAUUCAGGAAUAUAUUUCCUCCUGAAAUGGAUACUGAAAACCAACAUGCAGGUUUAAGAGAAGUGUGGAAAUGUGUUGAGUCCCUGCUUGUAUUUUGUAAGCGUUGAAUUGAAAGUGGACUGACACUAGUCCUGCUGUUCAUAAUUCUGUUUUGGGGAAGACGGUCAGCUCCCCCUGUCCUGCCAUGCAGGUCAGCCUUGAUAUGCACACUAAACCAGAGGAAUGGUCUACUAGUUCUUUUGUUUUGUUUUUUUCAGUUGAGGAAUAUUAAACUGAGACCUCAUGGAAAUUGACCAUGAAUUAUUUAAUAAAGGUUCUCUAGUUUAAAUGA